AUGCAGGACAAAAAUACCACGUGUACGCAUAAAGAUCCCAAAGUCGAACAAAAUAAAUUAGAAAAUGGCUGUGUUAAACGACGUGAUGGUUUCGAGAACUACAAUCAGGAAAUAUUUGAUCAAAUAACACCCCCCAUAGUGUGGAGCGAAAAUGGCGAAAUAUGGUGCAAAAAAAUAUCAACGAAACCGAGUAGCCGGAAAGACGUAUUGCAAUUGAAAAAUGAUCUUCGAUUACAAAUUGAUUAUUGGCAAGCAAAACCGAGGGGGUUAUGUCGAAUCAGAAGAGCAUUAUAUUCUAGCUGUUUUAAUGAAAUAAUUCGACAAGUAUGUGCCAAUUCAUUAGAUCAAGCAAUAUUAUUACUCAGAAUACGUGAAGAGUUCAAUAUCUCCGAAAAAGCUUAUAGAAGAAUAUUUGAAGAUGGCUUAAUGUUUAGCUUGAGAAAAACUCAACAAGCUAAGCAAGGAACUAGUGAUUUAUAUGAUGAAAUUACCAGUUUAGAGAAGGAAUCAAAUAAUUUAAAAAAAAACUUAGCUAAAGCGAAAACUAAAUUAUCGUUAACGACUGUCAACAUACAGAGAGAAUCGAUGGAUAGAGCAAAAGAAUAUAAGAAAGAAUUAAAUUUUUUCAAUAACAAUUACCUCGUGUUAAAAGAACAACUUGAUUUAUUGGUACCUACAAAGAAGUAACUUGAAAAUGGAUAACAUUUUAAAAUACUUCAACGUUUAAAAACACAAUCUUUUAAUAUUUAUAUUAAGGGACAAUUCUUGACUAUAGUUUAGGAUAAUAUAUGUUUUGAAUAAACAGAGAAGAUCUACACUAAAAAUGAAUAAGCGAAAAAAGUUUUCACCGCGAACAUUUAUAUGGAUUUUUGUUGGCUUUAUAUUAAAAACAACAUCACCUCCAAUCUAAUCCACGGAUUGUAAUGAUCAAAACAGCAGUGCUAAAUCAAUUUGGUAACUGUAUGAUAUAGGUGAUGUUAAACUUAGUAAUGAGCUAUUAC